GUCUGGGAACACCCAAGAAUUCCUGACCAAACAGAAGCAUGGAGAGCACGCCGUCCGCCGACGCCAGCUCGAGCGGCGGCGGUGGAGGCGCCAACGUCCUGCUUCUUCCGUUCCCGGGGGCGCAGGGCCACACGAACCCGAUGCUCCAGUUCGGCCGCCGCCUCGCGUACCACGGCCUCCGCCCCACCCUCGUCGCGACCCGCUACGUGCUCUCCACCACUCCGCCUCCCGGCGACCCCUUCCGCGUGGCCGCCAUCUCCGACGGCUUCGACGCCGGCGCCGGCAGCAGCGGCGGCGCCUCGUCCGCGAGCAUCGCGCAGUACAUGUCCCGGCUGGAGGCCGUGGGAUCCGAGACACUACGGGAGCUCCUCCUGUCGGAGGCGCGCGCAGGGCGGCCAGUGCGCGUGCUGGUGUACGACCCUCUCCUGGCGUGGGCGACGCGGGUGGCGCGAGCGGCUGGCGUGCCCGCCGCGGCCUUCUUCUCCCAGCCGUGCGCGGUGAACAUCGUCUAUGCGGAGCUGUGCGCGGGGCGGCUGGCGCUGCCGGUGACGGACGGCCGCGCGCUGUUCGCGAGAGGAGCGCUGAGCGUGGAGCUGGAGCCGGAAGACGUGCCGCCUUUCGUGGCGCUGCCGGAGCAGUACCCAGAGUUCUGUAACAUGUCGAUCACGCAGUUCGAGGGGCUGGAGGACGCCGACGACGUGCUCGUGAACUCAUUCCACGACAUCGAGCCAAAGGAGGCAAAAUACAUGGAGUCUACAUGGAGAGCAAAGAUGAUAGGCCCGGCCGUUCCAUCCUUCUACCUCGACGACCAUCGUUCUCCAUCCAACAAGUUUUACGGUUUCAACUACCUUAGUGGUGGAGAGUCGUGCAUGGAUUGGCUGGAGAAGCAAAGUGCUAACGCUGUCGUAUUUGUAUCCUAUGGAACCUUCUCCGAGUACGAAGCUCCCCGGCUAGAGGAGCUUGGUAAUGGAUUGUGCAGUUCCGGCAAACCUUUUCUAUGGGUCGUCAGGUCCAGCGAGGCACACAAACUAUCUGAAAAGCUCAAGGCAAAAUGCGAGGAGAACGGCUUAAUUGUUUCUUGGUGCCCCCAGCUUGAGGUUCUGGCACACAAGUCCAUCGGUUGUUUCGUUACACAUUGUGGAUGGAACUCGACAUUGGAAGCCAUUGCUUGUGGCGUGCCUCUCGUUGCGAUUCCACAUUGGGCAGACCAACCCACUAUUGCAAAGUACGUUCAAAGUGUAUGGGGCAUGGGUGUACGAGCACAACCGGGUGAAAAUGGAUGGAUAAAGAGGGACGAGGUCAAUAGGUGCAUCAGUGAAGUUAUGGAUGGAAAAAGGAAGGAUGAGUAUAAAAGAAAUGCUGUGAAGUGGAUGCAAAAGGCCAAAAAGGCAAUGCAGGAAGGGGGGAGCUCAGACAAGAAUAUCGCUAGAUUUGCUGCCAAGUAUUCAUCAACUUAAAUGUGCGAUCAUGUAAUCUUUACUUCAAGAUAGUAGAAGUAAUCUUAAGUGUACACAUAUUUAGAAAGGAGCUCAUUUUCAGAAAUCUAGAUGGGAAAGUUUGAAUUUUGUAAAA